GCAUGGUGGGUGGCAUGGGGCAGCGGGUCCUGGACACCUGGGUUUUUUCUCAGCUCUGGGAUAGCUGUAGAGGGGGUUAUAGAUAGACCUGGGGAGCCUGGAUACCUGGGACUCCCCUCCACCCCACCCCAAUCUGGGAGGAGGAGUGGACUGUGAUUCAUGGUGGGGUCUUUUGUUUCCAAAACCACAGGCCCAGGGAGAGAGGCUGAGGGAGCCUAGGACUCUAGGAGGUGGUGAUUUAUGAAACCUGCAUGCUGCCCCCUUCCCAGCCCUGCUGGCACCCCUCCCAACCCGCAGCCCCCUGACCCUACUGGUGCCCCUCACUCUGGACCUGCAGCCCCCUGCCCCACUCAGGGCCAGCUGGAGCCCCUCACUCCCAAGACCUGUGAUGGAUUGGCGUGUUGUGGGUGCUUGGAAAAUCUCCAGGUCAGCACUGAGUGUCCAGGAAAAAGCGGUUGUGGGUAGUUUGCAUUUUGAUGAUAAGAUGGAAAUACCUCAUCCAUAAAACCAGGGCUCCCAGCUCCAGCAUGAUCAGAGCACCAGACUCACUGCUCCCUGUCAGGACCUGACCCUCAGGAAUGAAGCUGGCCGCUAUCCUGAUGCUACAGGCCGUGGCCGUGGCCAUGGCUCAGCACUGCCUCAGCCCCUCGCACUGCUGCGGCCAAGCCGAGGUGGAUGGGGCAGGUGCCCAGCUCAGCUACGGGCAGCCCCGGGCCCCGCAGCCGGGGUCCUGCAAUGUCUCAACUACUCCUGGCCCAGGGCUCAGGUUACCAGGUCCCUGCCAUGCCAACCCCAAUGGCCCCCUCAACGCACGGGCCAUCGCCCCCUGGGACUUCUGGGAGGACUGUGACCCCGCACGCUUCCCCCAGCGCCUGCUGCAGGCGCGCUGCCGCUGUCGCCACUGUGUCUCGCUGCGGAAGCCCCAGAGCCAGGACCUGGGGGGCAACUCCAUGCCUGUGAACGUCAACCUCACCGUCUACUACAGACAGCCCUGCCCCGGCCGCACUGGUGCCUUCUACCUCGAGCCGCGGCCCUACCAGGUGGUCGUGGCCUGCGUCUGCCUCCUGGCCAGAUGAGCCCCCUGGGCAGGGGACAGGAUCAGGACCCCCUGCAAGAUAGGACCCCUGCAUCAGGCUGCACCCUGGACUGGGGUCCCCUCAGAUUAAUCCCCACAGGAUUGAUGCCUUUUUCUCCCACUCCCCAUCAUCCCCAAGGAUAGGAUGCCCCAGGAUCAGGUCCUCUCAGGAUCUUCCCCUCACUCCUCUAGGAUCAGUCCUCACAGGGCUCUGCCCGGAGUCUGGUUCUCCCUGGUGGCUGUAGGUGCCAACAUGGGGGCAUCAUAGCACUGAGGUUUGGGGGGUCCUCAGGUCUGAUUUGAGGGGGUGCAGUAGGUCCAGGCACGGGCAGGACCCUGGGUGCCUGGCUCGGGGCUCAGCCCCUGGGAGGGCA